AUGCUUUUUAUACUGAUAGAUGUCAAUCAUUUGGCUCGUUCACCAAUUGUAUUUGUUUUAACUGACAAUUGUUCAUUUUCAACAUUGAAUAAUCCACAACUGUUAUUUCCACAAACAAUUAUCGAUGAAUUGAGAAUUGAACAAAUCAGUUUUAAUCCAAUAGCACCAACAUUAAUGAAAAAAGCUCUCGAAUCAGUGUUAUUACAAGCAUCAAAACUUAACUUGAGUCCACCAUCAAAAGAAUGUAUUCCUGAACUAAUUAUAACAUCGAAUGGUGAUCUUCGUUCAGCUAUUAAUUCAUUGCAAUUUUCGAGUAACAAUAUUGUACAGUUAAAAUCAAAUGGUCAAUCAAAACUUAAAUCAACUGUGAAAUCAAAAGAUUCAUCUUUAUCAUUAUUUCGUGCUCUUGGAAGAAUAUUAUAUAAAAAAGAUGGCGAAGAUGAUUUAAAUGAAAGUUCUUCAGAGUCAACACUACAUGCAACUCCGAGUGUCAGACAGCCACCAGAAGAUCUUAUUGAUCAAUGUCAUAUUUCACCAAUGGGAUUUAUUGGCUUUUUAUUUGAAAAUUAUAUUGAUUUUUAUUCAUCUAUUGAUGAUGUAGGCAAUGUUUGUGAUUAUCUAAGUUUUUCUGAUCAAAUAUUAACAGAAUGGUCGACUCGAUCAAUUCUUACAUCAGUGACAUCGAGUAUGGCUUGUCGAGCUGUUCGAUAUUUUAAUUCAAAACCAAUUCGUCGUGGAUUUAAACCAAUACGAAAACCACAAGACAAAACUGUAUAUUUAAAAGUUAGUUAUUGUGCACAAAAGAGUCGAACAAUGUUGAUGUCAAAUAAAUUAUCUUAUGGAUGUUCAACUGAAGAAUAUUUUACUGUUUUAUUACCAUUUCAAGCACGUUUAUUAACCACAAAUCAACGAUCGUCCAAUUUAUCAGCACGCCAUAUCACUGACGUUGGAAUAAUAUCAAAACGUGGUAAAUGGCAAAGUUGCGGUUCUGUAACUGAACGAGAUGGUUCUGGUGCUAUUGAAUCUGGGGAAAAUAAUGCUCAAAGUGAUAAUUCAAUGGAUGCUUAUGGUACAAAUGUAAAAAAUUUCAACGUUCAAUUAGCAGUCGUUGAAUACGACGAUAAUGUUGAUAUUAUCGAUACAGAUGACUAA